UGCUCCAGGAGCAGGAGGAGAUGCAGGAGGAGAUGGAGAAGCUGCGGGAGGAGAACGAGACGCUCAAGAACGAGAUAGAUGAGCUGAGAACCGAGAUGGACGAGAUGAGGGACACUUUCUUCGAGGAGGAUGCUUGUCAGCUGCAGGAAAUGCGCCACGAGUUGGAGCGGGCCAACAAGAACUGCCGGAUCCUGCAGUACCGCCUCCGCAAGGCCGAGCGCAAGCGGCUCCGCUACGCGCAGACCGGCGAGAUCGACGGGGAGCUGCUGCGCAGCCUGGAGCAGGACCUCAAGGUUGCCAAGGACGUGUCUGUGAGACUUCACCAUGAGCUCGAAAACGUGGAAGAAAAGAGAACAACUACAGAGGAUGAAAAUGAGAAACUGAGGCAACAGCUUAUAGAGGUUGAAAUUGCAAAGCAAGCCUUACAGAAUGAGCUGGAAAAAAUGAAAGAGUUGUCAUUAAAAAGAAGAGGAAGCAAAGAUUUGCCAAAAUCAGAAAAAAAGGCUCAACAGACUCCCACUGAGGAGGACAAUGAAGAUCUAAAAUGCCAGCUGCAGUUCGUCAAAGAAGAAGCCGCUUUGAUGAGGAAGAAGAUGGCCAAGAUUGACAAAGAGAAGGACAGGUUCGAGCACGAGCUCCAGAAGUACAGAUCCUUUUACGGGGACCUGGACAGCCCGCUGCCCAAAGGAGAGGCGGGGGGGCCCCCGAGCACCCGGGAGGCCGAGCUCAAGCUGCGGCUGCGGCUGGUGGAGGAGGAGGCCAACAUCCUGGGCCGGAAGAUCGUGGAACUGGAGGUGGAGAACCGCGGCCUGAAGGCGGAGCUGGACGACCUGCGUGGGGACGACUUCAGCAACGGCGCGGCCAACCCGCUGAUGCGCGAGCAGAGCGAGUCACUGUCGGAGCUGCGGCAGCACCUGCAGCUGGUGGAGGAUGAGACGGAGCUGCUGCGCAGGAACGUGGCCGACCUGGAGGAGCAGAACAAGCGCAUCACCGCCGAGCUCACCAAGUACAAGUACAAGUCCUCGGCGGGCGCGGGCCACGACAGCAGCGCGCGGCACCACGACAGCGCCAAGAGCGAGGCGCUGCAGGAGGAGCUCAAGGCGGCGCGCCUGCAGAUCAACGAGCUGAGCGGCAAGGUCAUGCAGCUGCAGUACGAGAACCGCGUGCUCAUGUCCAACAUGCAGCGCUACGACCUGGCCUCGCACCUGGGCAUCCGUGGCAGCCCGCGUGACAGCGACGCCGAGAGUGACACAGGCAAGAAGGAGAGUGACGACGACGCGCGGCCACCGCACCGCAAGCGCGAGGGCCCGAUUGGCGGCGAGAGCGAGCCGGAGGAGGCGCGGCACGCGCGCUGCCUGACACCCACGCGCGGCCUGCACCCCGCGCCCGCGCCCUGGCCGCGGGGCCUGUGCGAGCGCCAGCACCUCAAGGACAUCCGCUCGGAGGCCGAGCGCCUGGGCAAGACCAUCGACCGGCUCAUCGCCGACACCAGCACCAUCAUCACCGAGGCGCGCAUCUACGUGGCCAAUGGGGACCUGUUCGGGCUCCUGGACGAGGAGGACGACGGCAGCCGCAUCCGCGAGCACGAGCUGCUCUACCGCAUCAACGCGCAGAUGAAGGCCUUCCGCAAGGAGCUGCAGACCUUCAUCGACCGCCUCGAGGUGCCCAAGGCCAGCGACGACCGGGGUGCCGAGGAGCCCAUAUCCGUGAGUCAGAGGCUCCGGAUGAAUGGGACUGAGCUGCUUUGGCCAGGUCUGGUGGCCACGGGAAGAUGAGUGCGUUUUGUCAGAGUUAACCACGUAGAAUAUAAUUUACGAAGCAGAGCGGGCAGCGCUGGCCCCUCUGGCGAGCCUGGUGUCCUGUAUCCAUUGGAGAACCCACGGAAGUACAGCGGCAUGCAUGGCUUCUGAGACGCGCCAGACACUGACCUUUCAGCUUAUGCAGAAGCAUGACGUUAGAUUCAGUGCUUGUCCAUCACGGCUAGCAAAACAUCGCAGCCCUGCCGCUUAUGUAUCUUGCACGUUGCUAUGCUUUGCUGCGAUGGGGGAAAACAGUUUUAUCAUGAAACUUGGGUUUUGAAAUGUUAAAAUUUACUUUCUUCUAUUUUUUAUAUCAGAUAUUUAGUUUUUCAUUUCCUUGCUCCAUGUUUUUUAAUACUUGAGCAUGUGGUCUUUUAGUUAUAUUCUCGGGGGGAAAAAUCAAAAUCAAAGUGAGAGAAAGCAUUGUCUAUAAGUAAUAAUUUCAGGUUUGGUAAAUACAGGUUUAAGGGGGGUUUCUUUAUUUUGAGUGAGUAUUUGGACUGGUUGAUUUAAAUGCAGGCUUGAGAAACUGUUGUUAAUUAACUCUCCUUUUUGUCUCUGCGUUUACCUCUCCAGAUGUUCCAGCCCAUCAUUUUACUUAUCCUCAUCCUUGUAUUAUUUUCCUCACUUUCCUACACAACAAUAUUUAAACUCGUCUUCCU